ACACAGAUCCUCGUCAGUUGGAGAAGCAGGAGCAGCAGCAGCCCACAUAUGUUGCCCUCAGCUACAUCAACAGGUUUAUGACAGAGGCAGCGCGUCGGGAGCAGCCUGAGAGGCUGAAGAGGAAGGUGCACCCCAAGCUGUGUCAGUCUCUGACGGGCAGUCUGCCUCGUAGCAGUAACGUCUCCACUCCUCCCAGACGCAGCAGUGGGAACCUCACCCCGCCUGUCACUCCUCCCAUCACACCCUCCUCCUCCUUCCGUAGCAGCACUCCUACAGGCAGUGAGUAUGAUGAAGAGGAGGUGGACUAUGAGGAGUCAGACAGUGGUGAGUCCUGGACCACAGAGAGUGCCAUCAGCUCAGAGUCUAUCCUCAGCUCCAUGUGUAUGAARGGAGGAGAGGAGAAACCCUUCGCCUGCCCUGUGCCUGGCUGCAAGAAGAGAUACAAGAAUGUGAACGGGAUCAAGUACCACGCCAAGAACGGCCACCGGACACAGAUCCGCGUCCGCAAGCCUUUCAAGUGCCGCUGUGGGAAGAGCUACAAGACGUCCCAGGGCCUGAGGCACCACACCAUCAACUUCCACCCRCCCGUCUCCACCCACAUCCACAAGAUGCAGCAGUAGCACYGUCCCCACAGAAAUAGAUCCCUUGAACAUCAUCCUGUUCUAGUGAUUCUGUUUCUAUGGACCCACCAUCACCAGAAAUGGCUGUGUCCCAUUCCACACACACACUUUCCUUCUUCUUCCAGUACACUACUCUUUUAUUGCAUGCUUUAAAAUUACCUUAUUUGUAUUUUUUAUUUUUAUUUUACAUUUUUUGGAAUGUAUUUUCUUGACAGCUGUGUACUUUUUCACAUUUGAGCGAUCAUGUGUCUUUUUGAUAACGUUUUUGGCACAUAGGACUUGCUGUUAAGAUGAUGAUGCAUGGCGUUUGAAAGCGAGCGUAUUGCCACGUUCAAA